CAAGCGUCCCAGCAGUCCAGCAGGCAACAGGUAUUGUGACCCUGCUCUGAGGACAACCACCGCAUGGAGCCCUCCUACCACGAAUGCCUUUUCAGCAGCUGAGCUUCAAAGAAUAAAAGCACAAUGAGGAAUCCCUGAGGAAGUUUUUCUUCUGUUUUUUUUUUUUAACCUCGCAUUUACAUUUUUUGAAACUGUAGAAGCAUUCAGCGACCGCAACAUGAGCAUGAAGAGGAGAAAGGGUGGGCUGGUCAUCAGCUGGCAAAAGUCAUUCUCCAUUCUGACUCCUUGGAGGAAAGGGAAAGGAGGCAGAGAUGAAGUACUGGACAGUGAGGUUGUCCUAACAAAAGUGAAGCUCUUCAGCAACUUUCACGAGAGGCUCCUGAUCGCCGACGACUCCGUGUUCACCAGCUCAACAGUGUCAGGUUCUGACCAGGACCUCUCGGACCUCACCGAUGCCUCCAAGGUGAAUUUCCACCUAAAUGAUAAGUGCGGACAGCUUCAGAUGGAGUCCGCCUCAGAUUACCUGUCUGACAUUUUUUCCAAGUCUCAGCUCCCGAGGUUGUACAAGUUUGAGUCGGAGGACUCCGGAGUGGACCUGCCCAGUGGAGCUAACUCUCCAUCCACCCCAACAGGUUCUGAGCAGAGCUUCGUGGUCCACAGUCGAGAGUCCUCAUGUGACUCCUGCAACUCUGACUCUACAAGUCCUCCCAGUAAACUCGUCACACAUUUAAAGAACUCUGAUAUUAAACAGGCAACAGAUUCAAUGGAUAACAGUGUGAUCACAGCGGACACUCAGGACAAUGUGUUCACAGACAAAGUCAGUCAUUCAGUUGUGACAGCCAGAAUGCACACAGGUCAGAACGUGAACCAGUGCAGAACUUUCAAAACCAGCCUUAAAGGAGAUCAGGAGAAAUCUGAACAGCUUGAAGUGAACAGUGCUGUAACUCCAUGGACCUGCUCAGAGGAUAUUAAGCCUGGGAUACAAUCCUCAAUGAGAUCCUGUGAUGAAAUAAUGAGCGAUGACUUUGAGUCAAACCCUGUAAGACCAAAUGCAACCACCGAAAGCCUCAAGGAGUAUAUGGAUGAAUGCUGCAGACUUAGUGAGGUAAGAAAAACAUCAUGUCUAAACAUCCACUGAUCCAUCUUUCCAUGCAUUGUCAUGAACUCACUGAUGACAGACAGGUGGACACAAAUGCGCGACACAGAAUGGGUUCAGGC